AUGGCUGCGCCCAGGAGAGUUGAUGUGCUUGUACCCUCUGCGGCUUCUGGGGAUAGAGUGGGAGAAACUGCCGAAGGAGAGAGCACCCGCGUGGCGAGAACCCAGCCUGAGUCAAGGCGGAGUAUUGCCAUGGACAGCAACCACCAAAGUAAUUACAAACUCAGUAAAACUGAGAAGAAGUUCUUAAGGAAACAGAUUAAAGCCAGGCAUACUUUGCUGAGACAUGAAGGCAUUGAGACAGUAUCCUAUGCUACUCAGAGCCUGAUUGUUGCCAAUGGUGGUUUGGGUAACCGAGUGAGUAGGAACCAACUGCUCCUGGUGUUAGAGAAGUGUGGAUUGGUGGAUGCUCUCUUAAUGCCACCUAAUAAGCCCUACUCAUUUGUAAGAUACAAAACUGUAGAAGAAUCCAAGAAAGCCUAUGAUACUCUCAAUGGAAAAGAAAUAGUGGUUGACUUAGGACAAAAGAUUAUUCUGUACUUGAAUUUUGUGGAAAAAGCACAGUGGAAAGAGUUGGGGCUUCAAGCCUUGCCUCCAGGCCUCAUGGUAAUAGAAGACAUUAUUUCUUCUGAGGAUGAGAAAAUGCUUUUGGAAAGUGUUAACUGGACAGAAGAUACAGACAAUCAAAAUUUUCAAAAAUCCUUAAAACACAGAAGAGUAAAGCAUUUUGGCUAUGAAUUCCACUAUGAGAACAACCAUGUAGAUAAAGAUAAGCCAUUACCUGGGGGUCUUCCGGACAUUUGUGAUAGCAUUUUGGAGAAAUGGUUGAAGGAAGGUUUCAUUAAACAUAAACCUGAUCAACUGACUGUUAACCAGUAUGAACCUGGGCAUGGAAUUCCUGCUCAUAUUGACACACAUUCUGCGUUUGAGGAUGAGAUCGUUUCUCUCAGUUUGGGGUCAGAGUAUAUGAUUCAGUCCCUUCAACAACUUUUGAGUAGUAGAGGGUAA